AUGGCUGCAGAUCUUGCGCGAGACAUCUCUCAGAAGACCUCCGGGCUGGUACAGUCCAGAAACCAUCGAGAUCUGCUCGACAUUGUCGACUCUCUCAGAUCCCACGGUGUCAGCCACUACGUAGACUUACCUCAGAUCAUCGUGUGCGGUAGUCAAUCGUCAGGAAAAAGCUCCACGCUCGAGUCGCUUUCCGGAAUCGCUUUCCCGACCGCGGAAGGCCUAUGCACCCGCUUCGCUACAGAAUUGGUUCUCCGUCGCGGCGAUAAGCCCGAGAUCAAAGUGCACAUCCAGCCUAGCACUAGCCGAGACAAGGAAGAGAGAGCACGCUUGUUGUCGUUUACUGGCAAGACCAAGGACCAGCAUGACUUCCCGAAGAUUAUCGAAGCGGCAAAGGAGGCGAUGGGCCUGUCGGGAGAAGGAUCCAAGAUCUUCAGCACGGACAUCCUGCGAAUAGAGAGCACGUCGCCUUCCGCGCCCAACUUGACCCUGGUUGACUUGCCAGGCCUAUUCGGUGCCUCCGACAAGAAUCAAUCAGACGAUGACGCUGCCUUAGUCCAGGACCUCGUGGUAUCGUAUAUGCGGCAGCGCCGUAGCAUCAUCUUAGCCGUUGUUGCGGCCGACAACCCCUUUGCCAACCAGCCGGUGACCAAAUUUGCUCGGGAGAUCGACCCGUCUGGUUUGAGAACGCUAGGUCUCAUCACAAAGCCUGACAAGAUCGACAGUGACUCGGAGAGCGAGCGGUAUUACGUAGAGCUGGCUCAGAACCAGAACGUGAAGCUGCAUCUCGGAUGGCACGUUCUGCGCAACAGGAGCCACGUCACCGCCAACGAUACCAUCGAGGAGAGAAACAAGAGGGAGGCGGAGUUCUUUGAAAACUCCGUCUGGCACGCGCUCGACCCGUCGAAUCUUGGCGUGGAGUCUUUGAGGUCUCGGUUGCGAAACAUUCUGUGGAAGCAGAUCCAGACUGGACUUCCGGGCGUCAAGACCGAAGUACAAUCGGGAAUCAAGGACUGUAGGACCAAGCUAGCGCUGCUCGGAAAGGCCCGUAGCACCAUGAGAGAGAAGCAUAGCUACCUCCAGCGGAUUAGUAGCCACCUAUCCAAAUUGAUUCAGGCAGGCAUCGAUGGGGUAUACGCCGAUCGGUUUUUCGAGUCUUUCCCCGGCCAGCAGGAUGCUUUCGAGAGACGUCUACGCGCGCAUGUACAGAAGAUCCUUAGCGACUACGCCGAGAAGAUGUGUGUUGAUGGGCAUGCUUUAGAGAUCGUCGAGGAUGACCUAGAACCGACCAGAGCAUCUUUUAGAAGGUAUAUGAUGAGAUCGGAUUACCUAGAACUGGUAAAAGAGCUCAUGGUGGAAUGUCGAGGUCGUGAGCUUCCGGGAACGUACAAUCCUCUCGUCGUUGGAGAUCUAUUUAGCAGGCAGUGUAAGCCUUGGGAGCCGAUCACCCAGAAUCUUGUCGAGCAGAUCCACGAGGCGGCUGCUAGCACGUUCAACAGGAUUACCACCGAGAUAUGUGAUGACAACACCAAGACCCGCCUCAUGAAGUAUCAUAUCCAGCCGGCGUUGCAUCGUCUUCGUGGUGACUUGAAGGACAAGGUUGACGAGCUGCUGGAACCUCACCUAUCGAUCCAUCCCAUCACUUACAAUGACUACCUAACCAAAACGGUACAAGAUAUCCAGACUGAGCGACACGACAGGAAUUUCGAUACGCUAUCGGAAGAAGCCUGUGGAUAUACAACGGAGACCGCGCCCGCCCAAGCCACCACCGUAGCUCUGCACAAGCUACUCACUCACCUGCAAGUGGGAACACGGCCCAAUGUCGAGGAAUACUCGGCCUCGCUCGCAGCCGAUGUUGCUGCGGCGUAUUACCAGGUUGCGUUGAAGAAGUUCAUCGACGAUGUUAGCGUCAAUGCAAUUGAGACUUGCUUGAUCCAAUGCUUGCCAGGCGUGUUCUCGCCGGACGUUGUGUGGGAUCUCAUGGACGAUGAUGUCGAGAAGCUGGGAUCUGAGGAUGAUGCAACUAUCAAGGAACGUGCCGAGCUUGGGAAGAAGUUGGAAAUUCUCGAGACUGGUCUGAAGGACUUGGAUGCGUUCACCGCGCGAUCCAAUAUACUCGCAGUAUCAUGA